CAGUUUUCCGACAGCAAAAUGCGGUUCUGGUUAUUAUCUUUCGUUCUUGCCCUAUAUUUCACUUCAGGCCUUAGUGCCAAAGUGAAGACUGCCGAGGAGUGUGCAAAAUAUGACUUCAAAGAUAUGCUUGACAACUGUUGCAAAACGAACCCGGGAAAUUUAUUCGAGAGGGCAGAGCUGACGGGCUGCGGCUACAAAUCAGCGGCCAAUAUGAGAAUCAUGAAGUCCUACGUGCUGAACAAGGCCGAUUCUGGAAACUAUACUUUCAGCGUCAGUGCGAAAAAGGGCAAACUUCAAAUGGACUCGGGCAGAUUUUGUUUUGCCGAGUGCGUCUUCCGCAAUUUUUCUUGGAUCAAUAGUGACGACACAUUGAACUAUGACAUGAUUAAGACAAACUUGACGACCAAGUUGAAAGGCAUGACGAGCUGGUUGACACUUUUCGAGUCUGUUCACAGCACGUGCCAAACGUGUGCCGAAGCGACUGACAACAAAACCGUGACGGCGAAGAAUUAUCGCACAUGUCUCACCUUCCCUGCCGUCUACAUGCAGUGCAUCAACAGCAAAUUCAUCACGGGCUGUCCAAGUAUGAAGACAGGCUCCGUUUGCUCCACUAAGUUCGCCAAUUUCAAAAAGUGCGACUAUUUCUCCGCAACCUGUACGUAGAAAAUAAUGCGUCUUCAAACGGUGUAUGAUUCACAAUUAAAGAAGUUUUUGAGUAAAAAUUAAACCGGCCUUGUGUGCUAAACAAUUAUGGAU